AUGGCGGCCGCCACCACCUCUCACACGACAGCAUUCCCCAGCCCGCCGCAACGGCUGCAGCGGUCAGGACCGAUGGCUCCGUUGCUUACCCCUCAGCAGCAAGCGCAACUGCAGCAGCAGCAGCAGCAGGCGCCGCCGCCGUCCAGCUCGCUCGCCAGGCGCGGCUCCCUCCUCGCCCGCAGCCAUGCCGCACCGAUACAGUCCGUCGCGGCCGCCCAGGAGGCGGCGACGCAGGCGUGGCGCUCCGACCUCCGCAGCCUGCUCACCCGGGCCGAGGAGCGCUUCGCCGACGUCUGCUGGACCACUGCGCCCCCCGACGACGGCGCCGAAUCCGACACGGCCUCGCUCUCCGACGCCGGAUCCUCGGCCCGGAGGGUGCUUGCCGACUGGAACUUUGAGGAUCGACCCCGGUCAAGCGCCCGCACCAGCACCGACCAUACCAUCAUCUGGGCGCACAAGGCCAUCUUGUACGCGCGCGCCCCCAACACGUUCCAGGCCCGCUACCUCAAGCUGCGCUCGCCCGCGGCACAGCUGGGCUACAACGCCUCCAACGCCAGCCUCGUCUCGCUGCCCAACCUCGGCACCGAUGCCGCUGCGGCCACGCCUCAGCAGUCGCGGUCGACGACCCCGACCAGCGUGGCCACCGCAGCCUCGUCGCGCAAGAGCGUGCGCGGGAGCAAGCCGCCGAGCAGCUUCUCGAUGAAGCGGCCCAGCCUGCGGCGCCCUUCGCGCAGCGGAAGCCACCAGCCCUCCGCCGGCCACCGUCUGUCUGCGCCGGCUCCGGACGACACGGCGUCGAUCACGUCGGGCAUCAUGACGAGCGACAGCGAGCCAGAGGGGCUGACGCUGAUCCGCACCAUCAGCCGGGGCCCGACGCCCGACCUUGCGGCGAGGGCGGGGCUGGCGAGGAUGCCGUCGUUCUCGUCCGACGCCGACUCUGCGUCGCGCGCCGACACCGCCUCGAUCCUCAGCGAGGCCAGCACGAUCCGUGCGCCCAUGAGCCUCAACGGCGUCAGCCAGGCCUACUUUGAGGCGACGCUCGAGUUCCUCUACACUGGCGAGGAGAGCAUGGUCGAUGCGUUCGAGUUCCUGUACGAGGACCGCGUCGCCACCGACGCCGAGCGCGGCCCGGCAGAGAAGCAGGAGAAGCUGCGGUCCGACAUGACAUUCAUGUGGCGCAGCAAGCUCUACUCGGACGUCAGGAUCGUCCUCGAUACGGGCCAGGACCGCCGCGGUCCGGACGUCGAUCGCGACAUGCCCGACAUCCCCGACGCCAACGCGUCGGUGCUGUCGCUGCCGCAGACCAUCGACACGGAGCGCGUCGACGACUCGGACGACGACGACGACGAGCUCACCUCGUUUUCCUCGCACCGCAUGAUCCUCGUCUCGCGCUCGCCCUACUUUGCCUCGCUCUUCCUCUCGCCCUACGCCGACUCGCGCACGUCGGUCCUCAACCUCCCCUCGCCCCCCUUUACGCCCGCCUCGCUCCACUUUGCCCUCGGCUUCCUCUACACGGGCACCCUCUUUUUCUCGAACCGCACCUUUGACCUCACCACGGCCUUCCAGCUGUGGCGGGCCGGCGCCUACCUCCAGGUCGAGACGCUGCAGCACCUCGUCGCGGCCAUGAUCGCCCAGGACUUCUGCCACAACUUCGCCUGCUCGCCGCCGUGCCGCAAGUGCCUCAAGCGGGUGCCGCGGACCUUGGCGUUUGCCUCGAGCGUCGACGUCGCCGACGCCGACCUCGCCGGCAUGGCCGUCAACGCCAUCACCGGCCGCGACUUUGGCCUGUACUGGGCCAAGGAGGUGGGCAACCUGCAUCCGACGCUGCGCGACGACAUCGUCGGCCUGGUGUGCGAGCGCGUCGAGUCCCGGCCGCGCGAGAUCAUCUCGGUCCUGCGCCAGCUCUCGAUUGUCGGCAGGCGCAUCGACACUGAGCGGGCGAGCAGGUGGGUCGAGGCGCUGCGCUCCAUGUCCGAGAUCAUCGAGGCCCGGCUGCUGCUCGUCAUCCGCACGCGCUUCGACGAGAUUGUCAAGAGCCAGGAGUGGGCCGACCUGAUCAACGGCGUCGGCCAGCUCGGCGACGUCCUGGAAAAGAGCCUCGUCAUGCUCGUCGACAGCCUCACCGAGGCGAGGGCGGCCCACACCUACCAGACCCUCGUCGGCCAGGUGCUGCUGCGCGACGACGGAUUCGAGGUCGAGACCUCCAAGCAGGCGGUCGAAGAUGCCCGUGGCGGCGUCCUGCGCUACCUCAAGCGGAGGUGGAUCAACGUGCGGGCGCUCGGCGGCUUCAACGAGCUCGAGAAGUGGUGCCUCAAGGAGCUGGCAGACGAGCUCGGCGUCGCAUCCACCGACCUGCUCCUGCCAAAGGAGCCUGCGCCACCCGAACCGCCAAGGACUCGGACCGGCCUGAAGCCAGCGGUCGUCGCACAGGGUGCGAGCACGCCCUCGCAGGCCAGGACGAACCCGUUGCAGCGCCGUGCAGGAUCGCUGCCAGGUGCCGCUGGCGCCACUCGAGCAGGCUCACCGCGCCAGUCGGUGCCUGCCGUGUCGAGCCGGCUUCGCACAUCCUCGACGAGCUCCACGGGAUCCGCGACGAGGGCAGGCAGCGGGUCCAGUGCCGCGCCGACGGCCAGAGCCGAUGCCGAUGCCGACGGCGAGGCGACCGGUCCCAUCAACCUGCGUGCCAGAGGGGACGCUGCGUCAAACUCGGGCAGGUCUGGCGCCGCCGCCCCUCCAACGAGACCCGCACCUGCCACCGCCGGAGCUGUGGGGAGCAGGUCCCGCACGGCUAGCGGCGCUAGCGGCACCAGCACCACCAGCUCGCAUGCCGGCAACGGCCGCGCGCGCACCGCAUCGGUUCGAACAACGUCGAGCGUCAGCUCGGCGGCUGGCGUCCGCCCGACGGCGUCUGCCGGCUCGCUCAGCUCCGCUCGAUCGUCGACGGCCGCGCCUUCUCGGGUGGUUCCGAAAGCUGCGCCCAAGGUGGGCGUUCCGAACGGCCAGGCUGCCGCCGACAGGUCGAAUGGCGUCAAAGCACAAACAGGACCCGAUGAGCAGCACGCCGGAGCCUCGAGCACGCGAGAAGGGUCUCCGGAGGCUGACGGCGCAGCACAGGCAGCGAGCGGACCGGCUCGAGCAACAUCGACCAAGUCCGGCACGCUCAGCGCCAAGAACAGCGCCGAGCUCCUCACCGCAGCGUCCGUCGGCAAGGCCGUCCGCACCACGAAAAGCGCCGCAUCGCUACGCGCCUCUGCCAAGCCGAGCGCGACGACCCUGGCGGUGCCGAGUGCAGGUGCGAGGACCUCUCGCCCUUCGUCCUCGCUAGACAAGCCAUUGACACCCAGCGUUUCCGGCGCCGGCGCAGGCGCCAGAACGGCCGGCGCGUCUCCGCAGGCCAAGGCGAGGCUCAUCGCCAAGGCCGGUAUGGCAGGCGGUUCGGCAGCGACGAGCAGCAGUGUCUCGCCCGCCAAGCACGCCUUCCUGAGGGCCACGCCGAGGCCCGGAGGCAUCUUUUCGCUCUCGAGCACCGAUUCCGGCAAGGACCUGCGCCAGAGGACGCUCAGCGGUGGCGGCAGCUCGACCAAGAGCACGGCAUCGGCAAAGGUGUCCGCCGGCAAGGCGCCGACCAGCAACGGCGGCAGCAGUGUGCGCACCACGUCGACGCUGGGCGCUCGAACCGGCGUCGCCGCGCCCGGUUCCAGAGCUGGAUCGGCGGUCAGCGCAUCGACUACCGCGGCCAAGCCGGCACGGACCGUCGUGCCCGGCAGCGGCAGCGACACUGAGGAAGAGGGCGAGGGAAGCCUGGAUCCGGACGAGACCAUCACGAGCUUCCCGCUGCCCGCGCCGCGGCUGGUACGGCCCAAGUCGGUCGGGGACGGUACGCUUUCGCUCGACGGCGUCGGCGGUGACGUGGCGGCGGCGGCGACGACGGCGGGGCAGACGGUGUCGCAGCUCGGCGGCACGGCGCUCUCGCUCGGCAUACCCUGCAUCGUCUCGUUCUCGUCGCCUUCGCCGUCGCCGCCGCUGUCGUCGACGGUGCGCGCGCGCCACUCUGCGCGCUUCCACGCCACGGUCAAGUACAUCGGUCCCGUGCUCGGCUGGCCGGGGGCGUGGGUGGGCAUCGAGGUGGCGCUACCGCUGCCCCGGUCCCUGCUCGCCGUCUCGUCUCCCGUGCUCGAUGGCGACGGAGACGCGUCAGCGGGAGCGGGAGGGGAGGGCGUGGACCUCUCGCGGUGUCCUGGCGGUCUGCACGACGGGAGCGUCGACGGCCUACGCUACUUCGACCUGACGAUGCGCUGGGACAUGACACCUCCCCGCUCCUCGGCAGUCAUGGGCGGUGGCACCUUUGUCUCGGCGGCGGCAGCGUCGGCGGCGAUGGCGCCCUUUUCGCCCAGUCUUGGUACGCCCAGCAGCCUCGGCGGCGGCGGCGGUGUAGGCGAGGCGGAUACGUACUUUUCCAAUACCCACAGCGUCACCUCCGCCGCCGCUGCGGCUGCGGCUGUACGGAGGUCCAUCACUCCCACACCGACACACGGUUCUACACCGACAUCCAGACCCAGCUCGACGCUGGGACCGGGCGUCGGCGGUGGAUCGAGCAAGAAGCAAAAGCGGCGGUAUCCCGAUCGACCGGAACGCAGACAGCGGCGUAUGGCGGUACUGCAGAGCCUUUGUCGCCCUCCUACCGUCCCCCACCGUCCCCCUGCCGAUACCGUCGAUCGCGAUGGGACCGAUUGCUCCGACGCGGACGACGACGAGGAUGACGACGAAGACGAGGGCGAAGGGCAGGAUGGCGGAGCGGGCAUCAAGAGUCGCGGCCUGUUUGUGCGACCCUGCGACGUUCUCUGGGUCAUUUCGGCACAGUGA